UGAUCGAUCCUGGAUCAGAACCGACCUCCAUCUGCGUCAUCCGCAGCAGAAAAACCCAAACCGCGUCCUGAGCAGCAGCAGGAACUUUGGAGUAAAAAUCUAUUUUUAGAAAGUUACGUGAUGCCCCCCACCCCCCCUCCCCGCGCGCGCCCGGCACACUCUGAUCCCUCCGUCGCCCACAUGGACCGGAACCAGGCAGCGUCACGUGACGCGGCUUCCCCGAACUGAGCCCGUCACAGCGCAUCAUGGCUGCGGAGGCUGCGGCCGCUCGGUACCGGAGCGGCGCUCCGCUGCCCGCGCGCCGCCUGCUGCUGCUCUGCGCCUGCUCGCUGCUUCCCGCCCCGGCCGCCGGCCUGCUCGGCUUCCGGCCGGAGGAGACCGGCGCGGAGCUGUCCGUGGAGGACGGGGUGCUGAAAGCCACCGAGGGGACCCGCUUCAUGCUGCGGGUCUACUACUCCACCUCCCCGCAGAGGCUUAACCGCAGCGCGGGCGCGCGCGCCAACAACGCCGCGCCCUGGAUCGCCUUCAUCGAGGAGCCGAGUCCCGGGCGGGAGGGGCAGGUCCACCCCAAACGGAACAUGUGCACCGAUAAGAGCGCCCGGACGUCCGACAUCGAGGUUCUGGGCUCCUUCAAGUCCUCGUCCAGCCAGAACUCGGUUCUGGUCGAGCUGCUGGCCAAGGAGCUGCGCAGGGGGGAGAAGGUCAAGUUCUACUCCAUGUGCGCCUUCGACGGGUCCAAGUGGGAACACUACCGGACCCGGGACUUCUGGGUGGCGGUGUCGGAGCGCUCCGCCGUCCCGGAGCUCUGGCUGCAGGUUCUGGUGUCGGUUCUGCUGCUCGGACUGUCGGCUCUAUUCAGCGGGCUGAACCUGAGCCUGCUGGCUCUGGACCCGGUGGAGCUGCAGGUCCUGCAGAACAGCGGCACCGACACCGAGCAGAACUACGCGCGCAAGAUCGAGUCCGUGCGUCGGCACGGGAACUACGUGCUGUGCACGCUGCUGCUCGGCACCGCCAUCAUCAACGCCUCGCUGGCCGUGUGGAUGUGCCAGAUCCUCGGCAUGACGUGGGUCUCCACGGUCAUCUGCGCCUUCGGCAUCUUCUUCAUCGGGGAGAUCCUCCCGCACUCCGUGGCCUCGCGCCACGGCCUGGCCAUCGCCUCCAAGACCAUCUGGGUGACGCGGCUGCUGAUGGUGCUGUCCUUCCCCAUCUCCUACCCCAUCAGCAAGCUGCUGGACCUCAUCCUCAACCAGGAGAUCUCCAACUUCUACACGCGGGAGAAGCUGCUGGAGAUGCUGCGCGUCACGGACCCGUACCACGACCUGGUCAAGGAGGAGCUGAACAUCAUCCAGGGCGCGCUGGAGCUGCGCACCAAGACGGUGGAGGACGUGCUGACGCCGCUCACCGACUGCUUCAUGCUGGCCUCGGACGCGCUGCUGGACUUCAACACCAUGACGGAGAUCAUGCAGAGCGGCUACACGCGCAUCCCGGUCUACGAGAACGAGCGCUCCAACAUCGUGGACAUCCUGUUCGUCAAGGAUCUGGCCUUCGUGGACCCGAACGACUGCACGCCGCUCAAGACCAUCACGCAGUUCUACCGGCACCCGCUGCACUGCGUCUUCAACGACACCAAACUGGACGCCAUGCUGGAGGAGUUCAAGAAAGGUAAAUCCCACCUGGCCAUCGUGCAGCGAGUGAACAACGAGGGGGAGGGCGACCCCUUCUACGAGGUGAUGGGCAUCGUCACCCUGGAGGACGUCAUCGAGGAGAUCAUCAAAUCUGAGAUCCUGGAUGAGACGGACCUCUACACCGAUAAUCGAACCAAACGGCGAGUCUCUCACCACGAGCGGAAGCAGCAAGACUUUUCCAUCUUCAAGCUGUCGGAAAACGAGAUGAAGGUCAAGAUUUCUCCUCAGCUCCUCCUGGCGACGCAUCGGUUCCUCUCCACAGAGGUGGAGCCCUUCAAACCUGCUCACAUCUCCGAGAAGAUCCUGCUGCGGCUCAUCAAACACCCCAGUGUGGUCCAGGAGCUGAAGUUCGACGAGAAGAACAAGCGAGCGCCGCAGCACUUCCUGUUCCAGCGCAACAAACCGGUGGACUACUUCACCUUAGUGCUGCAGGGUCGGGUGGAGGUGGAGUUUGGUAAGGAGGCGCUGAAGUUUGAGAACGGAGCUUUCUCCUACUUUGGAGUUCCUGCUCUCAUGCCUUCAGUGAACCGGUCCCCGUCCCGCAGCAGUGGUCUGGACCGGUCCGAGUCCAUGCUGUACGGAGGAAGCAUGGGUCAGCUGAACGGCGGGGGCAACGUCUACCUGCCGGACUACUCCGUCAGACAGCUGACACACCUGCAGAUCAUCAAGAUCACCCGGAGCCACUACCAGAACGCCCUGACGGCCACCAGGAUGGACAGCUCUCCACAGACGCCCGAUGCCGACGCCCGCCUCGCCGACGACAGCGCCCAGGCUCUGGAGCCGCCGCCCACGGACCGCGCCGCCACGCUCGCGCCCCCCGAGCACGCCACCCUCAUGCCCCCGCCCAGGGACCACUGCAGGCCCAGCUCAGCACGGACCAGAGGACAGCAGUCCAGCAUCCCCCACAGCACGUCCUUCCUGAACGAGAAGAACCGCAUCGUCCGCAGUAAAUCUGAUGGACAGAAGAGUCCGAGUGACUCUGUGUUCCUCAGGAUGGAUGAGAUCCCGUACAUCCGAGAGGACCGAUGUGAGGCCGACCCGCAUGCAGACAUGGCCUCUGUUCCCAUGGAGACGGACACGUCGCCUUUCAUCAGCAGCCUGUCGCUGAGUAGCUCCGAGGACACGCUGGGCAAGAAACUGCUGCUCAAACUCAGUCAUAAGAAGAGGAAAAAGUCCCACGAUGGAGAAAGGACUCCUGAGGACAUUUCAGAGCAGCCGCUGGUGAGAACCUAGCGGCCCUCGGGCGUCCGACCUCAUCGUCUGAUGGCUCUGUAAGCCUCUGCUGAACGGCAGCUCUCAGAGUUUCAUCUGAAACACGCUCUGCACGAACGCGCCGUUCACUCCGCCAGGAUUAAGCUGCACAUGUGGGUGGAGGACGGACAAACGGAGCGCCACUUCCUGUCGGCUCUGGGUUUUCCUGCUGAUGUUCACUUUUAGAGGAAUGACCGAGAAUGUCGAAUGUCUGCAUAAGAAAUCGUCGUUUUUCUACUUUGUUCACGUCGUCACUGAAGGUUUGUUUCCAGGGAAGACCAAAGAUAUUUCGCUAAUUCGUCCCCAAAAAGAACAAAAAGAAACAUCAGAAAAAAAAA